CCUCUCUCUCCUCUGUCAUCAAAUUUCUUUCCUUCCCUUUCGCCAUUGAUGAUCCUCAAUCAUCUUCAUCAUCAGUUCUUCUGCAUCUCCAUCUUUGUUUGUUUUUGAGAAAACAAAGAAAAGUGUUUUGCUGAAAAAAGCAAAAGUGCUCCCCAACUUUCUCAGACAAGCAAGUGUAUUAGCUGCAUCUUGGUUUUGACAUGGAAGAAGGCACACUAGUGAGUUCAGAAGUUCCAGUGAUGAAGGCUGCUGAGGAUGUUGUGAGUAAAGCCGAAGCCAUCAAGGUAACAAAUGGAGAAUUGCCCGUAUUAGGAAAAGAAGGAAAAAGAGAAGAGGAAGAAACCGAUGGAGAGUUUAUAAAAGUUGAGAAGGAAUCUAUAGAUGUGAAAGAUGCUUCGCACAGAAAUGUAACAGUACCUGUAGUGGACUACCCAUCUGUUGUUGAGAGAAGCACAAGCAAUCCAAGCAGAGAAUUACUAGAAGCGCAAGAGAAAAUUAGAGAACUUGAGUUUGAAUUGGAAAGAGUAGCUGGAGCAUUUAAGCAUUCUGAAUCUGAUAACUCUCAGCUGAAGGACGAUGUCUCUCUGACAAAGGAGAAGCUGGUUGACAGAGAAAAGAAGUAUGAAGAGCUUGAACUCAGCCACAACAAAAUGAAACAGCAUAUUGUAGAAGCCGAGGAAAAACACAGUACACAGACAAACAUUUUGCAUGAGGAACUGCAAGCUCAAGAAGCAAAGAGCAAGGAGCUGAUUGAAGUGAAGGAAGCACUUGAUAGUCUCAGCCUUGAGCUUGAAAGCUCAAGAAAGAGGAUGCAGGAAUUAGAGGAUAAUCUGCAAUGUUCUGCAGGUGAGGCACAAAAGUUUGAGGAUCUACACAAACAAAGUGGAUCGCAUGCCGAAUCCGAAACAAAGAGGGCCUUGGAGUUUGAGAGAUUACUUGAAGUGGCAAAAUUGACUGCAAAAGAAAUGGAAGAUCAGAUGGCUUCCCUACAAGAAGAGCUCAAGGGCUUGUAUGACAAGAUUGCUGAAAAUCAGAAGGUUGAAGAAGCACUUAAGACAACUGCAGCGGAGCUUUCUACCGUCCAAGAGGAAUUGACGCUUUCAAAAUCCCUAGUGCUGGACAUAGAGCAGAGACUUUCUUCAAGAGAAGAUCUUAUAAAUGAACUGACCCAGGACCUUGACUUGAGGAAGGCUUCAGAAUCUCAGGUGAAGGAACAUGUCUCAUCGCUUGAAAAUCAUCUAGCCUCAACCAAAGAAGAUCUUCAAUUAAAGGUUUCUGAACUGGAAGAAAUCAAGUUGAGGCAUCAGGACGAAACAAACUCGAGGGAAUUGGUUGAGACUGCAUUGAAAACCCAGGAAGCACAAGUUUCAGCUGUACAGGACGAACUGGCCAAAGUGCUCGAAGAAAAAGAAGCUCUCAAAGUAGCUGUGGCAGAAAUGGCUAGUAAUGCAAAGCAAUUGGAGGAGUUGCACAGCAAUCUUGAGGAGAAAUUGAGGCUCUCAGAUGAGAAUUUCAAUAAAACAGAUUCUCUUUUGUCUCAAGCUUUGUCCAACAAUGCAGAGCUUGAACAGAAGUUGAAGUCUCUGGAAGAGCUUCAUAAUGAAACUGGAGCUGCAGCAGCGACAACAACUCAAAAGAAUCUUGAGCUCGAGGAUAUAAUCCAGGCUUCAAAUGCAGCAGUAGAAGAGGCAAAAUCGCAACUAAGAGAGCUUGAGACACGAUUUAUAGCAGCAGAGCAGAAGAAUGCGGAGCUUGAGCAACAGCUAAAUUUCGUGGAACUAAAAAGCAGUGAUACUGAGAGAGAAAUGAAAGAAGUUUCUGACAAAAUAUCUGAACUAAAUGCUACAUUGAGAGUGGCUGAGGAAGAAAAAUUUCUGCUGAAUGGCCAAAUGCUGGAAUACCAAGAAAAAACUAGUCUGCUGGAAUCAGCUCUAGAUCAGUCCUCAUUACGGAAUUCAGAGCUUGUGGAGGAAUUGAAGAUUGCUGUGGGGAAAUGCACUGAACAUGAGGAUCGAGCCAGUAUGAACCAUCAGCGUAGCCUUGAGCUAGAAGACUUGAUCCAACUAUCUCAUUCCAAAGUGGAGGAUGCCAGUAAAAGGGCGAGUGAGUUAGAGUUGUUACUUGAAACAGAGAAGUAUAGAAUUCAGGAACUUGAAGAACAGAUCAGCACAUUAGAAAUUAAAUGUGGGGAUGCAGAGGCAGAUUCCGAGAAACAAUCUCACAGGGUAGCUGAACUCGCAUCAGAACUCGAAGCAUUCCAAGCCAGAGCAUCAAGUCUUGAAAUUGCACUUCAAACGGCUAACGAAAAGGAAAGAGAGCUGAUAGAGUCCUUGAAUAUAGCAACAUAUGAGAAGAAAAGGCUAGAAGAUGCCUCGAGCAGUUCUGGCAAGAAGCUUGUUGAAGCAGAAAAUCUAUCGGAAGUCUUGAGAAAUGAAUUGAAUCUGACACUACAGAAGUUGGAAAGCAUUGAAAUUGGUCUUAAGGCUUCUGGGAUGAGAGAGAGUGAGGUAAUGGAGAAGCUUAAAUAUGCAGAGGAGCAACUUGAGCAACAUGGAAGAGUGAUAGAGCAAGCUACUGCAAGAAACACAGAGCUUGAAUUGUUACAUGAUUCCCUAUCAAGGGAUUCCGAGGGUAGACUUCAGGAAGCUAUAGAAAACUUCAACAACAGGGAUUCUGAGGCAAAAUCUUUGCUUGAGAAACUGAGGAUUCAUGAAGACCAAGUAAAGAUUUAUGAAGAUCAGGUAGCUCAGGCAGCAGGGAAAACUGUAUCUUUGAAGGCAGAAUUGGAUCAGACUUUAUUGAAAUUGGCUUCUUUAGAAAACAUAAAUGAAGAACUCAGAGAACAGAUUUCAAAUGCUGAAAAUAGAGCUUCUCAGUCUCUCUCAGAGAAUGAGCUGUUAGUUGAGACCAAUGUUCAGCUCAAAAGUAAGAUUGAUGAACUUCAGGAAUUGGUUAAUUCUGCUCUUUCCGAGAAGGAAGCCACCACCCAACAACUUUUUUCUCAUAAGAACACUGUCACAGAGUUAACAGACCAGCACUCAAGAGCCUUGGAACUACAUUCUGCAGCCGAGGUGCGCAUUGCGGAAGCAGAAAGACAGUUACAAGAAGCCAUUCACAGAUUCAGUCACAGAGAUUCAGAAGCAAAGGACUUGAGUGUGAAACUGAAUGCUCUAGAAACCCAGAUAGAAUUGUAUAAAGAACAGGCUCAAGAAUCAUCUACGAUUGCUGAAGCUCGAAACAUUGAGCUGGAACAGACUCUCUCUAAGUUAAAGCAUCUGGAAAGCAUUGUUGAGGAACUGCAGACCAAAUCAAGGGACUUAGAAAAAGAGACUGGAGGACUGGCUGUGGCAAAUAUGAAGCUUACAGAGGAAGUGGCCACGUAUGAGUCCAAACUGAGCAAUUUACAGGCAAAUCUAUUGGCAGCUCUUGCAGAGAAGGACGAAACAGUUGAACAGCUUAACUCUUCAAAGAAGGCCAUAGAAGAUUUGACACAUCAGCUUGCUUCUGAAGGGCAGAAACUACAAUCUCAGAUAUCUUCAAUUAUGGAAGAGAACAAUCAUCUUAGUGAAACGCAUCAAAAUGCCAAGAAGGAACUUCAGUCUGUGAUAUUGCAGCUUGAAGAAAAGUUGAAGGAACAGAAUGCAAAAGAAGAUGCUUUAAAAUCUGAGAUUGAAAAUCUCAAGGCUGAGAUUGCUGAGAAACCUGUGUUGCAGACUCGUCUUAAGGAACUUGAGGAACAGUUAAUGAAAUCUGAAGAUCAACUGAAACAAGAGGUUCAAAGCAUUCAGUUGGCUGCGGCUGGAAAAGAGGCAGAAUUAUUUUCAAAAUUAGAGGAUCAUGCUCAUAAAGUCGAGGAUAGAGAUUUAUUACAUGAAAAGGUGUUAGAACUUCAAAAGGAAUUACAACUUGCUCAGAACACCCAUGCCGAACAGAAUGAAAAGAACUCUCAGAAGGAUUUGGAAAGAGAAGCAGCCCUGGAGCAUUCUCUUGAAGUGCUUGAAGCAAAGAAAAAAGAAAUCAUGCUACUAGAGAAGCAAGUCAAAGAGCUUGAGCAGAAAUUGCAGCUGGCUGAUGAUAAACUGUCACGAAAGGGAGAUGUUGGCAGUCCAACUGAACACAAGGGAGGGAUGGAGGUUAAAUCCCGGGACAUUGGAUCAACCGUUUCCACUCCAUCAAAAAGGAAGAGCAAGAAAAAGUCAGAAGCACCUUCUGCUCAAACCUCAUCUGCUUCAGAGACCCACAUUCAAACUGCUGAGGUUUCUCCUCUCUCGAGCUAUAAGUUCAUCUUGGGAGUAGCUGUGAUCUCUGUGAUCCUCGGCAUAAUUCUUGGGAAACGAUAUUAGCUUGGGUAGUGUGGAUUUUGGUUUUGGUAUUCUUCUUUCUCUUAUUUUGUUUAUGUUUUUCUUUUCUUUUUAACUUCAAGCCAAAUAAUGUGCAACAGAUCCGAAGCCUUUCUUUGUAUGCUUUCAAACUUAGGUCUUGAGGUUGGUCAGGGAAUUUGUUUUCAUUUUUAUCCCUUCGUCACAUGCAGAGCAAAAUUAUAGCUCAUGUAUUAUUCAAGCUUGUAUUUAAUUUGUUAAUGGGGUGGAAGUUUUUCCAAUCUUGUGUUC